AUGGACAGCCGUUUCAUGAAAUACUUAGCUGCAUACUUAUUAUUGGUCAACGCCGGAAAAACCUCCCCAUCAGCCGAAGACAUCAAAUCAGUCUUGUCUGCUGCCGAUGUCGAAAUCGAAGAAGACAAGAUUGAAAAAUUGAUUUCCGAAUUGGACGGUAAAUCAGUUGAAGAAUUGAUUGCCGAAGGUAACGAGAAAUUGUCUAGUGUUCCAACCGGUGGUGCUGCUGCUGGUGGUGCUGGAGCUGCCGCUGGAGCUGCUGCUGGUGGAGCUGCUGAAGAAGCUGCCCCAGAAGCUGCUGAAGAAGAAAAGGAAGAAUCUGAUGAUGAUAUGGGAUUCGGUUUGUUCGAUUAA